CUUCGUCGUUACCGUCAGGACGGAUGUAGUGUGCACACAUUUUCUCAGGGGGGCGCAACGGAAUUCAGCGGAAAAAGCGUCCUAACGUAAUCGGCCCGGUGGCCGCUCUCAGAUAUUUCUUCUCACUCAUUGGAUUCUGCCGGAUAAUAUUUUUAGCCACGAAAUAAUUCCGAACGCGCAAGACUCCGCCAACAAUCGAUGAAUUAUUCUCCGUUCGUUAUUAAUAGCCUCAAGUUUUUCCGAUUCAAGAUGUGCAUAUUCGUAACAACGUUCAGUCAACGAGGGCUCAUUUCGAAGGAUAUUGUGCGAUUUUGCAGCAAGCAACCGCAUUAUCUUAAUCGUAGCAAAAUGUUAUUAACGAAUGUCAUUCUGUCACGUCGAUGUCUCAUGUCAUCGUGCAUCACUGACAUUUCGCGGAUCUUGAGCACUCCCUCCGAAAGCUGUAGGACAUUCUCUACCACGAAGAUUCCAAUCUCAUUCAAAGAUAACUCCGAAGCUUUGACAAAACAACGAGCAAAUGAAUUUAUAUCAAAACUCAACUCCGAGGAGCGUGCAAUUUUCUUGGCAGCGUUAAAUGAAUCCAAAUCUGAGGAGGAUAAAGCUGGCUAUAAAGGUCAACUGGCGGCUUUCCGAUGGAGAAGCAAACUUGGUAGGCCUAGUAAAAUUCCAUCCCUGGGUGAGGUAGAUCCUACAGGAACUUACUGUCCUGUGCCAGACGAUUGGUUGAGUCGCAAGUAUGUGCUGCAGUUGGUUGAAAACGUUGCAGAACCAUCCACGAAAGAACUGAUGCUAGUUGCGAUCGCGAACGCAAUUCCAUUCGUCGGAUUCGGUUUCCUCGACAACUUUAUCAUGAUUGUUGCGGGCGAUCAAAUCGAGAUGAUGUUGAACAUGAAAUUUCCGAUCUCAACCAUGGCAGCGGCCGCGUUAGGUAACACAGUGUCCGAUGUCAUCGGAAUUGGGUCGGUGCAUUAUGUUGAAGUGUUCGCCCAAAAAGUCGGCUUCGAAGCGCCGAAGUUAACACCAGCGCAAUUGAGUCUACCCAGAACGCGGGUUGCCGCAAAUGUGGGUCGAGUCAUUGGAGUUACAAUCGGAUGUCUCCUUGGUAUGACGCCUAUACCGAUAGCCGCGCUUUUUCGUAAUGGUAGCUGAAUUGUCUAAAAAAGAGAGAAGGGUAGUGGACGUUACAUUCAA